AUGAAAAUUUCUAUUUUUCUUGCUGUAGAUUUUCUCUUUUUAUUCUCUGGUAAAUUCUAAAUAAAUAAGAAAUAAACAUUAGAAUUCAAACAAACCUAACCGCGUCCAAAGGGCGGUGUGGGGUCUGACCUCAGCCGACCCCUAACCCUAAUCCUAACCCAGAAAGUGAGUUUGAUAAAGUUCCUAUCUUUCUCUUUCCUCUGUUUCUAUCUGUGCAAGCUAAAAUCUUCAGCAAAACAGAAAGUUCUAUAUAUAUUCUUGGAAAAUUCUUACCUUUGUACCCACGCCUCCAAAAUCGGCUCUUCCAUCUCAACAUUUCUCUCUCGAAAACCAUCAAAACAAACAAGACCUCUUUCUGCCCUUUUCCUCUCUGUCUAUCUGAAAAGAAAUCGAGGAAUUCUAACUAAAAACAGCUGAAUCUGUAUCAACAGGUAACAAGAAACAGAACCAACCCUUAUAAAAUCUUUCUCCCUCUACAACUACUUGUAAUUGUUCGCACCACCGCUUAUCCCCCUUUGGAGCCUCCUUUCCACCGCCAAUUGGGGUUUUCUUGAUUUGUCUGAAAACCCUUUUGCUGUAACCCAUAAAAGUGACAGGAAAAUCCUCAAAUCCCUUUAAUUGUUUUCGUUUUUGUGGCCUGGGUCGAUGGCGGAAUUCGAAAAUAGCAUGGAAUUCACCGGCAAAUCCAAGCCCAGCACCAUGGCCUCCUCUUUCUUCAAUCGUUCUCUCACAAUCCACUCAUCAAAAUCAUCCCCCAAAGACUUCGUUCAAUCCCCUUCCAGAUUCUACAAUUCCUUCGAAUCCAUGAAAGGGAAGGUUAAAAAGCUCUGCAAUAUCUUCGAAUCGUCGAAAGCGCCCAACAAGUCAGUUCUCCAUGAAUCCCAAUCCCAAUUGCUAACGCAAGCGAGCAAGCUUAAGUCUGUGAAAUCCAUGGGACCUGAAUAUAAUAGGUACACUUUUGGGUUCACCAAUACUGGAAUUCGACUACCAGGUACCGAGGAUCGGAUUGUCGUUUAUUUCACUAGCUUGCGAGGAGUUCGAAGGACGUUUGAGGAUUGUUAUGCGGUUAGGAUGAUAUUUAGAGGGUUUAGGGUGUGGAUUGAUGAGAGGGAUAUAUCGAUGGAUGCAGCUUAUAGGAAGGAGUUGCAAAGUGUGUUGGGAGAGAAGAAUGUGAGCUUGCCACAGGUGUUUAUAAGGGGAAAUCAUGUGGGUGGUGCUGAAGUGAUUAAGCAAAUGUUUGAGACUGGAGAAUUGGCCAAGGUUCUUGAUGGGUUUCCAAGAAGACCGCCUGGGUUUGUUUGCGAAGCUUGUGGCGACGUGAGGUUUGUGCCAUGUGGAAAUUGUAGUGGCAGCAGGAAGGUGUUCGAUGAAGAUGAAGAGGUGCUCAAGAGGUGCUUGGAAUGCAAUGAGAAUGGAUUGAUUCGGUGCCCAGACUGUUGUUCAUGAUUUUCUCUCCUAUAGACACAUAUUUUUCUGCGUGUUUUUAGACGUUUUGUUGAUGAAUCAUGUAUGUAUGUAUGCGGAUAUUGUAUUGAAGAUUGAAUUCAAAAUGCUUUUUGGAUUCAUGGGCUUUUCUCUCUCAUUUCUAAUUGUAUGAUCAUCGGUUAGGGGAUCGAUGUUCAUUGUUCUGUGAAGAGUGUUAUGAGAAAUUAUGGUCUGUGGUAUCAAAACACCAAAUUUGGUUGUGUGUUUUGGUAGUACUGUGUACAAGGGAGAGAGUUUCUCCUUUAUGGCGAUGUAAAUAUUUAGUACUAAUGUAAUGCAAAACCCAAAAAAAAAUGGUGCAAAUGAUGGAUUGUAAUGAGAAUGGGUGUGUUCUUUUC